UUUUUUUUUUUUUUUUUUUUUUUUUUUUUUUUUUUUUUUUUUUUUUUUUUUUUUUUUUUUUUUUUUUUUUUUUUUUUUUUUUUUUUUUUUUUUUUUUUUUUUUUUUUUUUUUUUUUUUUUUUUUUUUUUUUUUUUUUUUUUUUAUUUAGAUUCAAAGAAAUAUCUGAAUCGAAUGAAACGAAAAAAGAAAAAGAUUCUCUAAUUAGUAAUCAGAUAAUUAACGAAUCAUUUAGUCAAAUUGAAUCUGGAAAUUGGCCAAAUUCUUCACUGAUAGAAACCAAAAUGAAGGAUUUGACUGAUAGAACAAGUACAAUCAAAAAUCAAAUAGAAAGAAUUACAAAAGAGAAAAAGAAAGUAACUCCAGAAAUAGACAUUAGUCCUAAUAAAACAAAUAAUAUUAAAAAAUUAGAAUCGCCAAAAAAUAUUUUCCAAAUAUUAAAAAGAAGAAAUACUCGAUUAAUAUGGAAAUUCCAUUAUUUUCUAAAAUUAUUCAUUCAAAGAUUAUACAUCGAUCUAUUUUUAUCUAUCAUUAAUAUUCCCAGAAUUAAUACACAACUCUUUCUUGAAUCAACAAAUAAAUUGAUUGAUAAAUACAUUUCCAAUAAUGAAAUAAAUCAAGAAAAAAUUAAUAAUCAAAAAAAUUCACUUUAUUUCGACUAUAAAAAAGUCCCUUUCUAAUAUUAGUAAGAAAAAUUCACAUAUUUUUUUUGAUUUAUCCUACUUGUCACAAGCAUAUGUAUUUUACAAAUUAUCACAAACCCAAGUUAUUAAUUUGGCUAAAUUUAGAUCUGUUCUUCAAUAUAACAGAACGUCUUUUUUCCUUAAGACUAAAAUAAAGGACUAUUUUAGAACACUAGGAAUAUUUCAUUCUGAAUUAAAACAUAAGAAACUUCAGAGUUAUAGAAUCAAUCAAUGGAAAAACUGGUUAAGACAGCAUUAUCAAUACGAUUUAUCUCAGAUUAGAUGGUCUAGAUUAAUGCCACAAAAAUGGCGAAAUAGGGUUAAUCAAAGUUGUAUGGCUCAAAAUCAAAAUCGAAAUUUAAACAAAUGGAAUUCAUAUGAAAACGACCAAUUAAUUCAUUACAAAAAAGAAAAUGAUUCUGAACUCUAUUCAUUAUCAAACCAAAAAGAUAAGUUUCAAAAUGUUAUAGAUAUGAUCUUUUAUCAUAUAAAUCGAUUAAUUAUGAAAAUAAAAGUGAGUCAUUUAUUUCUAGAUUACCCUUUCAAGUAAAUAAGAACCUCGAAAUUUCUUAUAAUUCAAACACGUCCAAACACAACUUUUUUGAUAUGUCCGGCAAUCUUGAUAUCAAUAAUUAUCUAAGAAAAGGCAAUAUUCUAUAUAUAGAAAGAAAUCUCGAUAGAAAAUAUUUUGAUUGGAAAAUUAUCCAUUUUUCUCUUAGACAAAAAGAAGAUAUUGAGGCCUGGGUUAAGAUCGAUACCAACAGUAAUCCAAAUACUAAAAUUGGUAUUAAUAAUUAUCAAAUAAUUGAGAAAAUCGAUAAAAAAGGCCUUUUUUAUCUUACAACUCAUCAAAAUUCAGAAAACACUCAAAAAAAUUCGAAAAAAGUCUUUUUUGAUUGGAUGGGAAUGAAUGAAAAAAUAUUUAACCGUCGCAUAUUCAAUCUGGAAUUUUGGUUCUUCCCAGAAUUUAUUUAUACUUACUUUAUAAUGUAUAUAAAAUAAAACCGUGGAUUAUACCAAGCAAAUUACUUCUUUUAAAUUUGAAUACAAACGAAAAUCUUAGUCAAAAUAAAAACAUCAAUAAAAACCAAAAAUCAAAUAAAAAAAUAAAGAAUCGAAUUCAAGAAGCAAAAGAACCCGCAAGUCAAGGAGAAAGAGAGCGUGGAUCAGAUAUAGAAAACAAAGUAAAUCUGCGCCCUAUUCUCUCAAAACAUAAAAAGGAUCUUGAAAAAGAUUACGCGGAAUCAGACACAAAGAAGGGUAAAAAGAAAAAACAAUACAAAAGCAACACGGAAGCAGAACUAGAUUUAUUCUUGAAACGUUAUUUGCUUUUUCAAUUGAGAUGGAACGAUGCUUUGAAUCAAAGAAUGCUCGAUAAUAUCAAGGUAUAUUGUCUCCUGCUUCGACUGAUAAAUCCAAACCAAAUUACUGUAUCGUCAAUUCAAAGGGGAGAAAUGAGUUUGGAUAUAAUGCUGAUUCAGGCGAAUUUAACUCUUACAGAAUUGAUGAAGAAGGGGAUAUUGAUUAUCGAACCUAUUCGGUUGUCUGUAAAAAAUAAUGGACAAUUUAUUAUGUAUCAAACCAUAGGUAUUUCAUUGGUUCAUAAAAGUAAACACCAAAUUAAUCAAAGAUACCGAGAACAAAGAUAUGUUGAUAAAAAGAAUUUUGAUGAAUUCAUUCUGCAACCUCAAACUCAAAGAAUAAAUACAGACAAAAAUCAUUUUGAUUUGCUUGUUCCUGAAAAUAUUUUAUGGUCUAGACGUCGUAGAGAAUUGAGAAUUCGAAGUUUUUUUAAUUCUUUGAAUUGGAAUGGCGUCGAUAGAAAUUCAGUAUUUUGCAACGAAACCAAUGUAAAAAACUGGAGUCAAUUUUUGGAUGAAAGGAAACCUCUUUAUAAAGAGAAAAAAGAAUUAAUUAAAUUGAAGUUCUUUCUUUGGCCUAAUUAUCGAUUAGAAGAUUUAGCUUGUAUGAAUGAAUCGUUAUUGGUUUGAUACCAAUAAUGGUAGCCGUUUCAGUAUCUUAAGGAUACAUAUGUAUCCACGAUUGAAAAUUAAUUGAUAGUACUAUAUACCCUGUCUCGUAUAGAGUAUCUGAAAGCAAACAAAUGCACACAUGCCUUGUCUUACAUCUCAUUCGAAUCUAAUUCGAGUAGACGAUACUAAAUCAAUAAGGUAUCGAUUAGAUCUAGAAAUGAAUCAACAGAAUCUUCUUCAUUUUAGGAUUUUAGGUUUAAAUUAUUCGCUUUUGUGAAUGACAAAAAUCUACCUACCACCUUUUUGGAUUCCUAUCUGAAUCAAAUUUGGAAUUUGAUUAAUUUAUUGGAAUUGAUAAAAUUAGGAGUUCAUAAAGAAAUUAAGUCUAUAUACCACGUUCAAAUUACUGGCAUUAUUAUUACUGAUCGAUAAAAUUCGAUAAAAUCCAUAUCUGUAAAAUAAAGAAAGGGGAAAUUCUUUUAUGGUAAAAAAAUUCUCAUUUCAGUUAUUUUUCAAGAAGAAAAGAGAGGAUCUGUUGAAUUUCAAGUAUUCAAUUUCACCAAUAAGAUACGUAGACUUACUUCACAUUUAGAAUUGCACAAAAAAGACUAUUUAUCUCAGAGAGGUUUGAAGAAAAUUUUGGGAAAACGUCAACGACUGCUAGCUUAUUUGGCAAAAAAAAAUAGAGUACGUUAUAAAGAAUUAAUUAAUCAGUUGGACAUUCGAGAGACAAAAACUCGUUAAUUUUAUUAAUUUGAAGAGUCAUUUCAUUUUCACUUAUAUGUUUCGAUUAAAUUUUGAUGAACUUCUUUUCACUUUCAGCAAUUCAUGGAAGAAUGAAUCGGUAAAAAACUUAUGACUGCACCAACUACAAGAAAAGACCUCAUGAUAGUCAAUAUGGGGCCUCAGCACCCAUCAAUGCACGGUGUUCUUCGACUCAUCGUUACUCUAGAUGGUGAAGAUGUUGUCGACUGCGAACCAAUAUUGGGUUAUUUACAUAGAGGGAUGGAGAAAAUUGCGGAAAAUCGAACAAUUAUACAAUAUUUGCCUUAUGUAACACGUUGGGAUUAUUUAGCUACUAUGUUCACAGAAGCAAUAACCAUAAAUGGACCCGAACAAUUAGGCAAUAUUCAAGUACCUAAAAGGGCUAGCUAUAUCAGAGUCAUUAUGUUGGAAUUGAGUCGGAUAGCUUCUCAUUUGUUAUGGCUCGGUCCUUUUAUGGCGGAUAUUGGUGCGCAGACCCCUUUCUUCUAUAUUUUUCGAGAAAGAGAAUUGAUAUAUGACCUCUUCGAAGCUGCCACCGGUAUGCGAAUGAUGCAUAAUUAUUUUCGUAUCGGAGGAGUGGCUGCCGAUCUACCCUAUGGCUGGAUAGAUAAAUGUUUGGAUUUUUGCGAUUAUUUUUUAACAGGGGUCGCUGAGUAUCAAAAACUUAUUACCCGGAAUCCUAUUUUUUUAGAACGAGUUGAAGGCGUAGGCAUUAUUGGGGGAGACGAAGCAUUAAAUUGGGGUUUAUCGGGACCAAUGCUACGAGCUUCCGGAAUAGAAUGGGAUCUUCGUAAAGUUGAUCAUUAUGAGUCUUACGACGAAUUUGAUUGGCAGGUUCAAUGGCAACGAGAAGGGGAUUCAUUAGCUCGUUAUUUAGUACGAAUUGGUGAAAUGACAGAAUCCAUAAAGAUUAUUCAACAGGCUCUGGAAGGAAUUCCAGGAGGGCCUUACGAAAAUUUAGAAAUCCGACGUUUUGACAGAUUAAAAGAUCCUGAAUGGAAUGAUUUUGAAUAUCGGUUUAUUAGUAAAAAACCCUCUCCAACUUUUGAAUUGUCGAAACAAGAACUUUAUGUGAGAGUUGAAGCCCCAAAAGGAGAAUUGGGAAUUUUUCUCAUAGGAGAUCAGAGCGUUUUUCCUUGGAGAUGGAAAAUUCGCCCACCAGGUUUUAUCAAUUUGCAAAUUCUUCCUCAGUUAGUUAAAAGAAUGAAAUUGGCUGAUAUUAUGACAAUACUAGGUAGCAUAGAUAUCAUUAUGGGAGAAGUUGAUCGUUGA